UGGCCGGGCUGCACGCGCCGCACGGGCCGCCGGGCCCCCGGCUGACAGGGGGCGGGAGCGGCGCCGCCGCCGCCCGCGCGGGGUCUCCCCAUGGUGCAGCGGGGGUCGGGAUGUCGAAGACGCUGAAGAGGAAGAAGCACUGGCUCAGCAAGGUGCAGGAGUGCGCGGUUUCCUGGGCCGGGCCCCCGGGCGACUUGGGCGCCGAGAUCCGGGGCGGCGCGGAGCGCGGCGAGUUCCCUUACCUGGGGCGGCUCCGGGAGGAGCCCGGCGGCGGCACCUGCUGCGUCGUCUCGGGCAAGGCGCCCGGCCCGGGGGAUGUGCUGCUGGAGGUGAACGGGACGCCUGUCAGCGGGCUCACCCACCGGGACACCCUGGCUGUCAUCCGCCACUUCCGAGAGCCCAUCCGUCUCAAGACGGUGAAGCCAGGCAAAGUCAUUAAUAAAGAUUUGCGACAUUACCUGAGUCUUCAGUUUCAGAAGGGAUCAAUUGACCACAAAUUGCAGCAAGUAAUCAGAGAUAACCUCUACCUGAGAACCAUUCCAUGCACUACAAGGGCCCCCAGGGAUGGGGAAGUACCAGGGGUGGACUAUAAUUUCAUUUCUGUUGAACAGUUCAAAGCACUGGAAGAGAGUGGAGCAUUAUUAGAAAGUGGAACAUAUGAUGGAAACUUUUAUGGAACUCCUAAGCCUCCAGCAGAACCCAGCCCUUUCCAGCCAGAUCCAGUUGAUCAGGUCCUCUUUGAUAAUGAGUUUGACACAGAAUCCCAAAGGAAACGAACUACGUCUGUCAGCAAGAUGGAAAGAAUGGACAGCUCUCUUCCUGAAGAGGAAGAAGAUGAGGACAAGGAAGCUAUUAAUGGCAGUGGAACUGCAGAAAACAGAGAGAGGCAUUCUGAGUCAUCUGAUUGGAUGAAGACUGUCCCAAGUUAUAACCAAACAAAUAGCUCCAUGGACUUCAGAAAUUAUAUGAUGAGAGAUGAGAAUCUGGAACCACUACCCAAAAACUGGGAGAUGGCCUACACCGACACAGGGAUGGUCUACUUCAUUGACCACAACACCAAGACAACAACCUGGUUGGAUCCUCGUCUUUGUAAGAAAGCCAAAGCCCCUGAAGACUGUGAAGAUGGAGAACUUCCUUAUGGCUGGGAGAAAAUAGAGGACCCUCAGUAUGGGACAUACUACGUCGAUCACCUAAACCAGAAAACCCAGUUUGAAAAUCCAGUGGAGGAAGCCAAAAGGAAAAAGCAGUUAGGACAGGUCGAUACUGGGUCUUCAAAACCAGAUAUGGAAAAAUCCCACUUUACUCGAGAUCCAUCGCAGCUGAAAGGUGUCCUGAUUCGAGCAUCCUUGAAGAAAAGCACAAUGGGGUUUGGUUUUACCAUUAUUGGUGGAGAUAGGCCUGAUGAGUUCUUACAAGUGAAAAAUGUGCUGAAAGAUGGUCCUGCAGCUCAGGAUGGGAAAAUUGCACCAGGUGAUGUUAUUGUAGAUAUCAAUGGCAACUGUGUCCUGGGUCACACCCAUGCAGAUGUUGUCCAGAUGUUUCAAUUGGUACCUGUCAAUCAGUACGUAAACCUCACUUUAUGUCGCGGUUAUCCACUUCCUGAUGACAAUGAAGAUUCUGUUGUGGACAUUGUUGCUGCUACUCCUGUCAUCAAUGGACAGUCAUUAACCAAGGGAGAGAUUUGCAUGAACACUCAGGAUUUUAAGUCAGGAGCAGUGGUUCUGGACCAGAAUGGAAAACCGGGACACGCCUUGAUCAGUGACCGUCUCAAUGGACCAUCGGAUCUGAGCGAGCAGAGAGCGUCCCUGGCGUCAUCCGGCAGCUCCCAGCCUGAACUAGUGACUGUCCCUCUGAUUAAGGGCCCUAAAGGCUUUGGGUUUGCAAUUGCUGACAGCCCAACAGGACAGAAGGUCAAAAUGAUAUUGGAUAGUCAGUGGUGUCAAGGCCUCCAGAAGGGGGAUAUAAUUAAGGAGAUUUACCAUCAAAAUGUGCAGAAUUUAACACAUCUCCAAGUGGUAGAGGUGCUAAAGCAGUUUCCAGUAGGUGCAGAUGUACCGUUGCUUAUCUUGAGAGGAGGUCCUCCUUCACCAACUAAAACUGCCAAAAUGAAAACAGAUACAAAGGAAAAUUUAGGAAGUUUGGAGGCCAUAAAUGAGCCCAUUCCCCAGCCUAUGCCUUUUCCACCCAGCAUUAUCAGGUCAGGAUCUCCAAAAUUGGAUCCUUCAGAGGUCUACCUGAAAUCGAAGACUUUAUAUGAAGAUAAACCACCAAACACCAAGGACUUGGAUGUUUUUCUUCGGAAACAGGAGUCGGGGUUUGGCUUCCGGGUACUGGGAGGAGAGGGACCGGACCAGUCUAUCUACAUUGGAGCCAUCAUCCCUCUGGGUGCAGCAGAGAAGGAUGGUCGGCUCCGUGCAGCAGACGAACUGAUGUGCAUUGAUGGAAUUCCUGUCAAAGGGAAGUCACACAAACAGGUCUUGGACCUCAUGACAACUGCUGCUCGAAAUGGCCAUGUGCUUUUAACUGUCAGAAGAAAGAUCUUCUAUGGUGAGAAACAACCUGAGGAUGACAGCUCUCAAGCCUUCCUCUCAGCACAGAAUGGCUCUCCCCGCCUCAACCGAGCAGAGGUCCCAGCCAGGCCUGCUUUGCAAGAGGCCUAUGAUGUAGUCUUGCAACGAAAAGAAAAUGAAGGAUUUGGCUUUGUCAUCCUCACCUCCAAAAACAAACCACCUCCAGGAGUUAUUCCUCAUAAAAUUGGCCGAGUCAUAGAAGGAAGUCCUGCGGAUCGCUGUGGAAAACUGAAAAUCGGAGAUCACAUCUCUGCGGUGAACGGGCAGUCCAUUGUUGAACUGUCCCAUGAUAGCAUUGUUCAGCUGAUCAAGGAUGCUGGCGUCACCGUCACACUAACGGUCGUUGCCGAGGAAGAGCAUCAUGGCCCCCCAUCGGGAACAAACUCAGCCAGGCAAAGCCCAGCCAUGCAUCACAGACCGAUGGGACAGUCCCAGGCCAACCAUUUACCUGGGGACAGGAGUGCUCUAGAAGGUGACAUUGGGAAAGACGUCUCCAUGUCUUACAGACAUUCGUGGUCUGACCACAAGCACCUUUCUCAGCCCGAAACGGCGAUGAUUUCAGUCGUAGGCAGCCGGCAUGAUCAGAGCCUUGGUUGUCACCCAGUGGAGCUGGAGAGAGGCCCCCGGGGCUUCGGGUUCAGCCUCCGCGGGGAGGAGUACAACAUGGGGCUGUUCAUCCUGCGUCUUGCUGAGGAGGGCCCCGCCAUCAAAGACGGCAGAAUUCACGUGGGGGACCAGAUUGUUGAAAUCAAUGGGGAACCUACACAAGGCAUCACACAUACUCGAGCAAUUGAACUCAUUCAAGCCGGUGGAAAUAAAGUUCUUCUGCUUUUGAGGCCAGGAACUGGCUUAAUACCUGACCACGGUGAUUGGGAUGUUACUAAUCCUUCGUCUUCAAAUGUGAUUUAUGAUGAGCAGCCACCAUGUCCCCCAUCUUCACAUUGUCCUUCCGUCUUUGAGGCAUCUCCCGUGCCAGGAGUGGAAGAGUCUUUAACAAGAGCUCAGAUAUAUGAAAAGACAGAGGAAUUAAAGGACGGCGUGCCUGAAAAGAAAAGCACUUUCAAUGAAAAUCAGUCUGAUAAAAAGCAGCCCUCUUUUCUCCAAAAAAAUGUGAAUAAAAGGGAUCCACCCAGCAGCACUCAUGGGCAGAGUGACAAGAAAAACCUCCUCCGAGUAGAAAACGAUGUUACACCAAGAGGCCGAUCUGCUAGUCCCAGGAAGCCUGCCCUUCGACAUGUGGAAGAACGUCCAGACAAGCUUCCCACUCCUCUAACAGCUGACCCCCCAAGGAGACCCAGGGAUCGAUCACUCAGUCCCAGGAAUCGAUCACUCAGCCCCAGGAAAGGUGACCGGAAAGGAGGUCAGAUGGGCGCCAGGGCAGAGUCUGGGCAGGACCACUGUAAAAGAAGCAGAGGACGAUCUUCAAGCCCCAAGAAGCAGCCAAGGACUGAAGGGAGCAGAGGCCGAGCGAACGCUGAAGCCAGACUAUUAGGGUGUGAUGGGCAGAGAGGAGGGGGCCGUGCUGGGGAUGGUGCAGAGCAGACCUCCGAGGGCAAAGAAGAAUCAGGUGUUGUCAGGAAAGACACAAAGCAGAGCCUGUCUGGAAAAAACAGAACCAGGUCUCCAGAGACGAAAAGCAAGAGAACGGAUGAAAAGUCUCUUCCGUCCAAAAAGCCUAGUCCCACUGCUAGUAAAGUAUUACCUGAUGGGGAGAAAGGGAGGAAGGCGACCUCUGGAGAGACAAGUUCCAGCAAAGAGAAGAUGGGAGAGAAUGCCAAAAUAACAGACAAGAAGCUGAAGCAGGACCCUGAAGAAAGGAUGGUUUUAAACAAAGCCAAAGCUCCCCAAGGGAGAGAACAGGAGGCAGCUGAUAAAACGAGGGAGAGUGGAGGGGUCCGGCCUGAGAGCACGUCUCCUGUUAAGAAAACACCCAUAACUCCAGGGCCCUGGAAGGUGCCAAGUGCAAAUAAAGCCGCAGGCACUACGGGUGUGGCCGAGAAACGGCUAUGACCUUCGGUAUAAAACAGAGAAACAAGCUGUAAUGUCUUCUUACCAAGAAGUGUCAUUCUCCAAAAAGACACACACACACACACACACACACACACACACAGUCAUUUUUUUCAGGAAAUCUGACACACACACAUUUUAAUUGGAGCAUCAAGUGACCCUGGCUGCAUGAAGGGCCUCCAGGACCGCUGAGACCCCACUGUCCCCCAGCUGGCUGCCCUGCCCUAAACCCAGCCCAUCUUCGUGAGUGUCCCACCAAGUGACACACGCUGAUCUGCACAGUGUGGUCACAACUCACUUUAUAUCUGUGCCAAGUUAUCUACUGUAUCAUGUCUGUUUUAUCCAUCUCACUCGAUUUCCACAGUAAUGAAAAACUAGGUUUGGCUUGGAAGUUGAUAUUCUCAAUAGCAUGCUGCAUGUUUACAGAGAGACAUAUUUGCGUCCUUGCAGAGGAAGGGAUUGUUAGCCCAUCAUUAAUGAUGGCAGCUGCCUCUUCUAACAGCUACUGGUGAUGGCCCAGGCCCAGUUUUAAAAAUGAUACUCCGAAACAUCACUACUGAAAAGAAAAACAAAAUGUGGUCAAAUAGCGACACUUCCGUAGGGUUCUUAAAUUCAGCUGGAUCGGGUAUUUCAAGUAACUUAAAAUAUUACAAUUGGAUGAUCAAAAUGAGCUAGUGCUUUAGGCAAUGAAGAGUUCCCCUCUUGCUAUCGUGUCCAACCCUGAUGUGGUCUUAGCAUCUCAGGUCACCCUUUCACUUCGGUUAUUUCAUUAUGAAACCAGAAAGAAGCAUGCGGAAAUAUUGCCUGCUGCCGUGUAAAGGAAAAGCUACCAGGUUUCUAUUUCUGGCUAUUUGGGUUGGACCUCCUAGUACUCAUUCAUUAGUCGUUACUACAUGGUGCCUAUGUGAGGAGUCCAAAUAGCAUACAGACUGAGAGGACCGUGGUCACAAAACAGUUUCACAGUCCAUUGCCAGCUGAAGGACCAGCGCUUCUGGCAGCAGCUGUACAAGUUCGGGUGUUUAGAGGCAGCACAUGUGCUCAGGACGGACAGGUCAGGAGGGCAGACGUGGCACAGCGGUAGAUAGCACUUGCUAGAUCGUAUUUCAUUUUAAUUUCUAUCUACAUUAACUUAUUUAAAAAACAAGAAAGGGAGACUAAACAUCUGCUUAGAGCUUGUACACAUUUUCGGAGUUCUUUUUAAAAGAUCUAAAUAAAGAUGUUUGUUGGGAGGUAGAGACUGGUUUUAACUCCAUAAAAGAGAUCCAGGUUUUUCCAGCUCCCGAAGCAGCCACUAUGAAUAAAGAAACAAUCUUGGAACGAAACCAUUUUAUGGAGUAUUUGAACACACCUGUUCUGUCAUUUGGGUUCAUCUUGUUCCUGUGAAACAUGUUACAUCCAGGCCCUGUCCUCUCAGAGUCCGACUGUGAAAGUCUUUAAUGUAACAACCGAAGCUGCCCUUGUAGCUGAGACAUGCUUCCCAGAGUGAGAUUCUGAAAUCCCCUUUCAUCCAGAACUAUAUUUACCCACCUAUUGUAACUACUUGAAUAGAGAAAAAUUAGGAGGUUUGAUAACAUGCUAAGAAUUUAUCACCACAGAAAUGAUUUAUUUUCCCUAUAGUCCACAAUUAGUGAUAAAAAUCCUAUUUUUAUUGUUAACUGUGACAUAACUUUGAUGUCAUAUGUUGUCAGUCUGAUGUGGCUCUUUUCUUUCUAAGUAAUCUGUCACUGUACUGAUUAUAGUGAUGUAGCAAUGUGGCCUUGGAAUGCUAAGCAAAAUAUGGAUGUACUGGUUGUAAAUGUUUAUAUAUUGUACAGUACCUUUAUAUAUACACUUGAGGUUCUGAUUAGAGAAAGAUCUGUAAAUCGCUCGUUAUUUUUUAUAUAGAUAUUAAAAAAACAAAAACAAAAAAACUGUUUACA